AGCGCCAGGUGAUUCUGAGACAUGUGGGGAAUAGUGAGGUUGAAUGUGGUGCGGACAGUAAGGCUGUUUUUCCUCCUGUGUUCAAUAGGUAUCAUCCACGUGUUCUGUAUAUUGAUAUUGAUAUCCAUCAUGGAGAUGGUGUGCAGGAAGCUUUCUACUUGACGGACCGUGUCAUGACAGUGUCAUUUCAUAAAUACGGGAAUUAUUUCUUUCCUGGUACAGGUGACAUGUAUGAAGUUGGCGCAGAAAGCGGUCGUUACUACUGUCUCAAUGUACCUCUACGAGAUGGCAUUGAUGACCAAAGUUAUAAACACCUCUUCCAGCCAGUCAUUAACCAGGUGGUAGAUUACUAUCAGCCCACCUGCAUAGUACUGCAGUGUGGUGCUGAUUCUCUGGGUUGUGACCGUUUGGGUUGUUUUAACCUCAGUAUAAGAGGACAUGGGGAGUGUGUGGAGUAUGUAAAGAGCUUCAACAUCCCCUUGCUGGUACUGGGAGGAGGUGGUUACACAGUCCGCAAUGUGGCACGAUGCUGGACUUAUGAAACAUCAUUGCUUGUAGAUGAAGCAAUUAGCGAAGAGCUCCCAUACAGCGAGUACUUUGAAUACUUCGCUCCAGACUUCACCCUUCAUCCUGACGUCAGUACAAGGAUUGAAAAUCAGAACUCCAGGCAGUACUUGGAUCAGAUCAGGCAGACGAUAUUUGAGAAUCUGAAAAUGCUGAACCAUGCUCCCAGCGUGCAGAUCCAUGAUGUCCCUUCUGACUUGCUCAGCUACGAUCGCACAGAUGAACCUGAUCCAGAGGAAAGAGGCUCUGAGGAAAACUACAGCAGGCCUGAAGCUGCCAACGAGUUUUAUGAUGGUGACCACGAUAACGACAAAGAGAGUGACGUUGAGAUCUGAGGGCUCUGAUAUGGGGCUCUGGACUGUGGGGUGUCCCACAUUGGACAUGGGUGCUUGGAGCAGAUAACUGGGCCACGUAGGAGCCAGUUAGCCCUCCCUUUGUAUUUGAUUGCAUGUGGUGGCAGCAGAAACACCACUGCUGCAGGCUUCUGUUACCUGGAGAGGCAGAGAGCAGUGAAAUGUGUUCUUUACUUUCCACCA